UGUCCUUGGCAAAUAGAAAUGCGCCGCCUCCGCCGCCGCAGCUAACCAAAGGGAAGUUCCGCGGCCCACUACACAUCUGCAGCAGCAGCAGCAGCCGCCCCUGUCAGUCCAAGGCGGGUCGGGGCUUCCCUUGCCAAGUCUGUGCCGCAAGUUCUUGCUGAGAGCCAGGAAGAGAACCUCCCUUCUUCCCUCGCACUCCCGAAAGCGCCUUUCUUAAAAGCGCGCCUGCCUCCGGGCCUCGCGCAGAAACCGGCGGCCUCCUUAGCUGACGGGUCGCUUCCCCACCUCUCCGCCCCGCUGCACUCUCUUCCCUCCCUCUCGGCCGGCCGGCAGGAAGCGAAGGGGCCGCUGCAGCUGGCGGAACAACAUGGACUCGUCCACAGAAACCCACGAGAUGAACGGGCUGACGGCGGGAAGCGGCAACGGUGACACGACGCCUCCUGACGAGCCUCAAAGACAAUGGCUGCGGAGAAACAGACCAAUUAACAUAAACCAUUAUGCCAAUAAGAAGAGUGCAGCAGAGAGCAUGUUGGACAUCGCUUUGCUUAUGGCCAAUGCAUCCCAGCUCAAAGCAGUAAUGGAACAAGGACCUUCCUUCUCAUUCUAUGUUCCACUUAUCAUCCUCAUCAGCGCCUCACUUGUGCUUCAGAUUGGAGUAGGGGUGCUUCUAAUAUUCCUUGUCAAAUAUGACCUUAAUAACCCUGCAAAACAUGCCAAGCUGGACUUCCUCAAUAACCUUGCGACCGGACUGGUGUUUAUUAUAGUAGUUGUAAAUAUCUUUAUUACUGCUUUUGGAGUUCAGAAGCCAUCAGUUCAACAAAGUAAGUAAUAGAAAGAAACCUGAACCUUUGAAUUCUGCAGGUAGUAUCUGCACCUUGAGCCGGUUUCUCUUGCAUGGAAAACAUGAAGAACCUACAGCAAUUCAAGCAAGCCUUUCUCUCUCUCUCUCAACUGAAGUAUUUCAACUCUUAACUGCACAAGGAAAACAACUAGUAUUGUUGGGACAACUGAAUUUGUAGUGCAAGAGACUGCAUUUGAGGAGACUGGCAUCAACAUUUCCACAUAAACUUAUCAGUAUUGCAUUAAAGACGCUGUGUAAAUCCUUUCACCAGAGACUGUUAUCCUAUGACUCCAUUGGCAGCUCAGAAUUCCUCACUCUCUGUGCCUUCUUGAGGGAUGCUGAACAGAGAAAGAGGUACUUUCUACACUUGAAAGGGUGGGCUUCACAUUUGUAAAUCCUGUACUAAAGGAGAGCAAAUGUGUUUGUCAUAACUCUCAAAAGUCUGUAAUCCUAGCAUUUUAAACAAAUUGAAGAAUGUAUAUAAUCCGGAACAGCCCGAUAUGUUGUUGUUUGAGGCAGAACAGCAAAUGCCACCCUUCUACAAGUCAGUGUGCAUAAGCCCAGAUAAAUUAUUUUGGCAUGGGAAGCAGAAAAUCCCACAAGCACCUCUCCCCAUCCCUGUCAAUACAAAUGCAAUAAUAAGUUAAAUAACUAACAAUUUGCUCCCUGUUUAUAACCGUACAAUCAACAACCUGAGGCAGUUGCCUCACUCUGCCUAAUGGUAGAGCUGGCCCAGUAAGUAUUUUUUGUUUAUUUAUAUAAUUCUAGAAUGGAUUUGUCUCAUAUUUGAGACUUUUAUUUAUAUAAAAUAUGAAAGAAUAUACUGCAUGCUUCUUUACAGUUUCACCCUCUCAAUCCAAGUGUUCCAAAGGAACCAGGGUCUGUCCUUCAAGUUUUUCUUGUUAGAAAUAAUUCUUUAUCCUUUUGUGUGCGUUUACUGGGGCCAUAGUCUCAUUGGAAUAACUGAUGCAAACUAGAUUGGCUGGAAGCAGUAUCUUAAAAUGCAGUCCAUAGCCUUGCUGGAAUGCAGUCCAUAGCCUAGUCCAGCAUCUCACAGUGUCCAAAAAGGUGCCUACAGAAAAAUCACAAACAGGACAAGAUGGUCCCACAAUUGUUCCCCAGUAGCUGAUAUUUAAAGCCAUGCUGCUUCUAAUCCUGGAGGUAGCAUAUAGCAUCCUGAUAAGUAUCCUUGGAUAGUCUUUUCUCCAUAAAUUUGUAUAAUCCCCUUUGCAAGCCAUUUUAUAGCCAUCACCAUACCUUAUGGCUACACAUUCCAUAGUUUAAUUAUGCAGUCUGUGAAUAAGUACAUCCUUUUAUCUGUCUUGAAUCUCCCACCAUUCAGUCUCAUUGGAUGAGCCUAAGGCCUUAGCUAGACCUAAGGUUUAUCCCGGGAUUGUCCCGGGUCAUCCCUGUUCAUGUAAAUGACACACAAGAUAUCCCGGGAGCAGGCAGGGACAAUCCUGGGAUAAACCUUAGGUCUAGCUAAGUCCUAAGUCCUAGGCUUCUUCUACACCAAGAGGCCUUUCGAGAGGGGGGAGGGAUGAUCAGGAAGUAUUGUACUUCUGGGAUCAUUCCUCAGGGGCCAGAUGCCACCGAGUUUUCCCAGAAGUAAAGAGGGCAAAGUUGUCGUUUUUUAGAAGUGGAAACGAUUGCGUAACUGAUCCUGCGUGAAGGUAUGAUUUCUUUUAAAAACAAACAAACUUGGCACUGGAAGAUGCUGAGAGCUAUCCAGGUGGUGGUGAAAAUGCUCUCCCCUCACCCCCGAUACCCAUGGGCUCCCCACACACAGCCGCUUGCCUGUUCACUGAGCCCCACUACUUGUGGGGGACAGUGAUGACUUCAGGAGGGGGCCCACACUGCCUGCAGACCUCGGGAUUGCCCAGAGAGAUGGGGGAAAAGUAAUGACAACUGCAGUGUCUGAUAUCCCAGGAGAAUGAAAUGGUCGCCCCUGGUUCACCCCAGGAUCACCUGUGUGUCAUGUGGCCCUGUAGGGACGACCUCGAUAUUCUCCAGAAAAAUAGCAAAUGUAGAUCAGGCCCUAGUAUUAUGAGAGAGGGAGAAAAAACUCCCUAGCUACUUCCUCCACCCUAGGCAUAAUUUAUACACUUCUAUCAUGCCUCCCCUAUUUGCCUUUUUUCUGUGCUAAAAAGCCACAAGUAUUAUAACCUUUUCUCAAAGGGGAGUUUCUCCAGCUUCAUUAUAAUUUUGGUUGCCCUUUUCUGCACCUUUUCCUGCUCUACAAUAUCCUUUUUGAGGUUUGGUGAUCAGAAGUGUUCAUAUAUUUGUAUAGAGGCAUUAUGCAGUUUUAUUUUCAAUCAGAUUCCAAAUCAUUUCGUAGUGAUUACAGCAUUUGAUUAGUUGUUUAACGGUGUUGUCUUUUCCUCGUGGCAAAAGUAGCAAAAUGCUUCCCCAGCCAAACUACAGGCUUUCCCCAAUUGGUGGUCGAUCUAUGGAUCACUUCACACACUGCAUGUAUGUAUCCAUUUGUGGGAAGAAAUAUGUACAUCCUUGUGGGCUGUAUGUGAAAAAUAGACAUGUGUAUUUUCCUGCAUAUACAAGCAGAAGGAACCUACAGUGAACCACUCCUUUGUACACAUGUAUAGGAAAAAAUAUUCAUUUGGAUUUAUAUUUCAUCCAUUUUGAAGGCUUGGUGGCCAUUGGUUUAUGAUCUUUCCACUACCUCUACCCUUUUGCAGGACUUUUCAUACGCCCCUUGUGCAGUAGUUUUUGCAGAGAGAGCUCCAAGUGUUUUAUGGUGAGAGCUUUAAAGGUGAGCAUCUUUUGGCCCUCCAGAUGUUGUUGGACUACAACUCCAUCUUUCUUUAUGAUUGGCUAUUCUAGCUAGGCCUGAUGGGAAUUGCAGUCCAGUAACAUCUGGAGGGCACAAGUUGCCUAUCCAUGUUUUAGUGCUUCAAUGAAAAAGACCGCUGGCUGCUUGUUCCAGACUUUGAAUAAGAAAGACCCAACGCAGGCCUCUCUGAUUCUCCAGUGAUUAGUCAUCAUGUUCAGUAGGAAAAACAAGAGCACUACAGUCCAAAAUACAGUUACCCUCCACAUUUAACUUUGCUGGAUCAUGGCCAAUUUUUCCCCUGGUGUAAUUUCCUUUUUCCAUAUGCUUUCCUCAAAUAACUUUGCAUGGAAAAGGGUCAUUUUAAAAAGAAUUAUCUUUGAUAAACACAGCUGAGUCAGGAAGUACAUGCUGUUCAGAGUCAUACUGUUGCUGGCAAUUGUAUGCAUCACAAAUACAUUAAGCAAAUAUAUCAAUCAUAUUUUUUCUAAUGUAUCUCAUGUUAAAAUAAGCUGCCUUCUUUUUUAACUUCUUUAUAGAUAUUAGUUUAUAAUUAUAUUCCUUUUUCGUUUUCAUUUAUUACAUAUAUACAAUUUAAAUAUACAUAGCACAUUAUGGUUGGUAGUCCAGGAGAUGACUGUAGCAUUCUCAUUUACUGUUUCAGUUGCUAUGUUUUUUCCACUGAAUAUAAGAACAGAUGUUCAAGGACAAGACUAUAUUAUUAUUUUCUGUUUUCUAGUAGGAAAAUAGAGAACAAGAAGAGCAUAGAAGGAACUUGACAUUUCAGUGAAAAUUUUUGGAUUUUAAAAUUGCUAACUGGUUUUUAUUACUGAUAAAAGUAAUGGGUUGGAUCCAGGAUUAGUUAUACUUUCAGCAGACCUGUUGGAAUCGAUGGACUUAAUAAUUGAGGUCCCAUCGAUUUCAAUGGGUAUGCUGAAAGUAUGACUAAUAACUUAAGCCUCAUUGAUUUCAGUGGGUUGGAUCCAGAUUUACACUGGAUCAACUGUGAUGAUGGAAGUAGACUUCCCUGCCUCUUCCUUCCCAAGGCAGCUCCUCCAACUCCAUGAAAAUGCUACACAGAGUGUCAGGGGAACCUGCUGAAUGAGUACUUUUUAAAAAGGACUGUUACAUCAGUACUACUACAAGACAAUCAUACAGCCUCAGCUUCUGAAAACCCAAGAACUGUGCAGAUAGAUUAUGUCACUUGUCAAAGGACAAUCCUGUCAAUGCCUGUGAGACACAAACAGAGAAGAAAUGAGGCAUCUUCAUAAUGGAAGCUCUUCCUUCAAGAGAGAUGUCUGGCUCCUUCACGAGAAAUGAGUGACUGUCAGAUACUUGUUGUGCUAUGAAGUGAUGAUCACGAAAGAACUCCGAACCAUCAGGGCUAGACAUUUCUAUCUUGAGUGCCUCAUCAAAAAAGUGAUAUAUCCUUCUCUAAAUGCCCAUUUUUGGAUGCAGGGUCUGAAAUGGUCCUGAUCCUUCUACUCAGGUUGGGAUCCUUUUUAUUAUUCUUAUUGUCGCUGUUUUUAUGUUAGAGGUGUUUUAAUUAUGAUGAUGAAUUUUGCUUUUGUUAUUUAGAAAUAAAACAUUUUUGUUAGCUAUGUA